AUGCCUGAAACAAAGGACAAGUCCAAGGUUCACAAGCUGUCUAUAAGAGGAUCGGCCAAGCUGGUAUCCGAAUUUUUUGAAUACUCGAUCAAUUCAAUCUUAUUCCAGCGCGCAGUCUACCCUCCCGAGGACUUCACAACUGUCAAGAAAUAUGGCCUGAACAUGCUCGUGUCGGCGGAUGACCAAGUCAAGGCAUAUAUCAAGAAGAUCAUGUCGCAGCUGAACAAAUGGAUGGCUGGUGGAAAGAUCUCGAAGCUCGUGGUUGUCAUCACCGACAAAGAGACCGGGGAACACGUGGAGCGCUGGCAGUUUGACGUGGAAAUCUUUGGCAAGAGCUCCAAGAGCCAGAGUUCGCGGAAGGCGGGUGAUAAGGAGAAUACUGCCCCUGGAGAGAACGAGGCUCCCGCCCCCGAGCCUGUCGAGAAAACCGAAAAGGAAAUCCAAGAGGAGAUCCAAGCCAUUUUCCGCCAAAUCACCGCCUCCGUCACUUUCCUCCCCGUCCUCGAUGGUGAUUGCACAUUCAACGUUCUCGUCUACGCCGAUGCCGACUCGGAAGUACCUGUGGAAUGGGGCGACAGUGAUGCCAAGGAGAUCAAGAACGCAGAGAAGGUCCAGCUCCGAAGCUUCAGCACAAACAACCACCGGGUUGGCACACUGGUCAGCUAUCGGCUGGCUGAUUGA